AUGAUCUUUAGCACUGACAACGGUGGAGUACCUAAAAACGGGGGAUAUGACUACCCCCUGAGGGGAAGAAAAGACACUCUAUGGGAAGGAGGAAUCAGAGGGGUAGGGUUCGUACAUGGUGACAUUCUCUCCAGGAAAGGAGUGAAUUGUACAGGACUUAUUCACGUGACUGAUUGGUAUCUAACCUUAGUUAAUCUGGCUGGUGAGUAUAUGCAUGGCUACAGUGCUUUUGACCCAGGAGCCCAUCAGGUCUUCUCGGUUUUAUCUAAGAGGUGCUUUGUUUAGAGACAUUCCAUCAUGAGAGCGUUGUAUUCCAUUCACAGUUUAUUUAUUCCUAUAGCUUUCAUACACACGUCACAUCUGUUACACAUUUCACCCCACUUUCUUUGCACAUAUAUAGCGCGCGCGGAAUAUUUUCUCAUCCCUGAUGAUGCCGUUGAUCAGUGAAAGCUUGGAUUUUGUAUUUUACUUUUUAAACAGCAGUUUAAGGCCUCACUAGAACAGUUUUAUAGUUUUAAAAGGUUAACAUCUCAUGUAAACAAACUCACUUGUCUGUCGGGUACAAUAUAUUUUAGGUGGGCAAUUGGAUGAGGAGGAACUCGGUGCCCUUGAUGGUCACGACGUAUGGAAGGCAAUUUCUAAUGGCGAGCCUUCACCUCGCACAGAGAUUCUUCAUAACGUAGACACUCCUUCUGUUCCACACCAGUUGGACUUUGCUUAUCAAGGAAUUGGUCUUCGUGUUGGAGACAUGAAACUUCUCAUGGGGGUCCCUAACAUCUCUUACUUCAUACCACCCGAAGAACGGAAUUCUUCUCAAGGAAAUGAAGUGUAUUUGUACGAGUUUGAAGGUGUAAGCUAGUUCUUGAAGAUAUAUUAGUCCUUUGUGCACUGGCUAUGUUAUGUAUCGUUGUUAGCGGGAUUCCGGACUCCUUAAGCUAAAUUCCAGAUUCCAACGCUCAGGAUUUCGGAUUCCAAGGCAAAAAUUUUCCUACAUUUCAGAAUCCGGAUUCCCUUACGUGGUGUGAUAUGUUUGACAUACACAGCUUUCAUUUGGAGUCCCUUCGGGUAUUCUUUGUGGCCAAUAUUUGCUUCCAGGUUGCGGGCUUGCAGUUCUCUCUGUUUCCCCUCAAAACAAACAGACAAACAAACAAAAUAAAACGGAAAACAGACGGGCCAUGGAAAGGGUCAACCAAAUCUUCCCACGGUGCCUUUCGCUUUCAAAAGCUCGUUCCCAAGUUUCCACUCGAUCCUCUGAUAUCUUCCACAAGUGAGACUGGUCACAAAGUAAGACAUGCUCAGACUCAUUUUCCUAGCUUAUUUACAAUUUUUCAGUUCCUUUAUUACGUCCGUUUUCGCUGAAACUGAAUACGGACUGAGUUGCAGUUUAUUCAGUCCGUGGAUUUGUCAUUUUAGAGCUACGAAGUUGCGCGAAUGAGUCUUAUCAACGCUGAUGGGCCAAAUGAGACCCUCUCUUCCUUUAUUCGGAGCUUGUUCAAAGCGCUCGUACAUUUGAAUUGCUCGCCUGGGUGGUCAAAAAAUAACUAAUAUAAUGAUGUGCACUAUUUCUGCGCGAUAUGACUAAUGUGGAAAAUGUGUUUGUUGUUUUGUUAAAAGUCAAGCUGUAGAAUCUAAUAUUUUUCUUUGCUACGUUUAGUACCAAGACUUUUAUAUGUUUUUUAGCCUCCGGUUCCCCUUGUCGAUGUAGCCCUCUACAAUAUCACCGCUGACCCAUAUGAGAAGUACGACCUCAGCAAAAAGUUCCCGGACAUGGUAGAGAAGUUCCAAGAUCGAGUGCAGUCGUACAUGAGUGGUGCGUUACCUCCUGCUAAUAAACCAGGUGACCCGAAGGCGCGACAAGUAGCAAAGGAGAAUGGGGCCUGGACUCCGUGGAUGUGAUCGUCCUUGCAAUGGGCCAUUUCUGAGUUGCUCCAAGCCUCUGUUUCAAAGCGAGGCUAAGUGCGAAGCCAUUGAUAUGAAAAUGUUCCAUUAUUCUCAUGCAAAUAUAACUCAUUUUCACAAGAUAGGGUUUUGCACUGAGCCUCGUUCUAAAAAUAAGAGUUUUACGAACUCGGAAGAGGCCCAUUAGAGAAAUCCGGAGCUUUCCUUAUUUUUUUACUAGCUGUCCGUUUUUAGAUUUUUCUUGCAUUGCAAGUGUGAGUCAUUUGCAAAACUUGGCUUAGAAAGAGAAAUGGACAAUGAAUGAAAUAUUCACAUGAAAAUAUGUAGAAAAAAUUUCGAUUUAGUGCCUAAGGUUUUUUACUGUAAACGGCAGGGUAUAGGUUUUGGAGAAUUAAUUGUAAUUUUUUUCCGUCAAGGCAGUAUAGAUGUAGAAUCUUUCGAUUACAAACGUUUAAAACCCGUUUGGUAUCAUGAAUUUGUUUGUAAAUAUUAAUGGGCAUCUAUGCUACGCCAAAAGUGACAAAAUAUCAAAGAUGCAACUUUAUAAUUCAAAUCCACAAAUUCACUAUCAAGAUCGAUACAAUGAGCAUCAACUUGCUUUUUGAAUGUGUCAAGAUUAUAGAAUUUAAUUUUAAUUCCCGCGUGUUUCUUGUCAUGUAUCAAGAGAUAAUUUUUGUAAAUCAAGAUGCUUGUUCUUUAAAUCAAGAAAAUAGACGACAGUUUUUAAUCAUUUCUGUUUCCGAGAGGUAAUUAAAACGGGAACACAAGUUGGAAUUCAAGAU